GGGGCGCUGGAACCGUCUGCCCGUCACUGCUUGCCUCUUUGUUUAGACCGAUUCCGCUUCUUUCCCUCGGCGUUGCUGCUGGCGAGGAGGGGGACGGAGGGAGAGCACCUUGCUGUCUCUCUCUCGCUCUCUCUCUCUCUCGCUUUUUCUCUUUCUGUGUGAGUGCUUCUGCUCCGAUCUGGCACAAAUCGGCGUCUAACGGGAUGACCGGCGCAUAGGCUGCUGCUCAGUGAGGAGAGGAUAAUGUUGAAGGAGUGAAAAGUAAGACCCGGAGCGCUUGUGCAGACACUCGCCCUGGUCUCUGUUCUGCCUCUGCAAAGUGCUGUUUCACCCUUGUUCCGUCGUUCGCCGUCUCUGCACCCCUCGGGGAGCUUUGGAGAGCACCUGAUCUGAGGCGCAAAGCUUUGCUUUCCCUAGGACUGCACCACUGAGGCGAACCUUGGUUCGGUAGACACGCAGGUCUAGGAUGGAGCUCGCUCUGUGUGCAGCUGGGCGGCAGAUCCUCUUUCCUCUGAUGCUGCUGCUCUCUUUAAGCUUGGGUGCAGCCUCCUCCAUUGUGAACAUGCGUAGGAUCACUCAUCCUACAGUGCAACAAAUGUUGGCAGGCAAAGCCACUCUGCCUUGUGUUUUCACCCUCCAGACCAGCACCUCCACUGGGCCUCCUCACCUCCUGUGGACUCGUACUACGCUACCAGGGGGAGGACAAGGUGCUCCUUCGGAGCAGACUGUGCUUUCUGCUAAAGGCGAUGUAAUCAAGGUGAAUAAGGCUUUCAGUGGUCGCAUCAUGCUGCCAGGAUACGCUGCCAACCCUCUGAAUGCUACCAUGGAGAUCUCCAGCCUCCGUACCAAUGACUCAGGCACUUACCACUGUCAGGUUGUCACGGGCAACGACUAUGAGAGGGACACUGUUCCCCUGGUGGUGUCCGGUGUGGUGUUUCACUACCGGUCUCCCAGCGCUCGUUACGCCCUCUCGUUAAGUGACGCCCAGCGAGCCUGUCAGGAAAACUCGGCUCAGAUCGCCACUCCGGCCCAGCUGUGGGCAGCGUACCAUGACGGCUUCGCCAGCUGUGCCGCUGGCUGGUUGGAUGAUCAGACUGUUCGAUAUGCUGUCCAGGUUCCAGAGCUUGGCUGCUACGGACAUAAGGAGUACUCUGCUGGAGUGAGGAAUUAUGGGAAGAGAGACCCAAAAGAGCUGUUUGAUGUGUACUGUUUUGCAAAAGAAUUGGAUGGUGAGGUGUUUCACUCCUCGGUCCCAGGCAGACUGUCCCUUUCUUCUGCCUCCGACCGCUGUGUGUCCCUUGGGGGCCAGCUGGCCACAGUGGGGCAGUUGUACUUGGCCUGGAGGGCCGGCCUGGACAGCUGCGCCCCAGGCUGGUUGUCUGAUGGCAGCGUCCGCUACCCAGUGACCUGGCCUCGUGCUGACUGUGGAGGGACAGAGCCAGGAGUCCGCACGGUCACGCCCAAUGACACCGCUGACAACACUACAGCACUAUAUGAUGCCUACUGCUACAGAGGUAAAGUGAAGAACACAGGCUCCAUCUCUCAGAUCUACACCUCCCUGUGGAAGCCCUGGAGCUACCUCGCAGGCUCAAGCGAUGCUGACUCUACAGGGACAGCUAGUCCCGACGUGACUUCACAACAAACCACCACGAUCAGAGAGUCACCAGAUGACAGCGAGCUUUCACCUUCCAACUGGACGGGAUUGGUUGACCUAGAAGAGGAGGACUCAUUUCACAGUGCUGAUGCCUCCUCAGAGCCCUGGUCCUCAGAGUCCUCGACAGCAUAUGUAACCCUCCAGUUAAUCCCAGGACAGAACUCCUUUGACUGGGGAGAGUCACUGGAGCCUGGACCAGACUCUGAGGAGUUUCUCCUGCCCCCAGUCCAUCCAACUCCUCCUGAGAAGAAGGUUAUUUCCAAAAUCGUCAAGUCCAUUUGGAAACCUUGGAACUAUCUGAUGGGGACUGAAGAUGAGGAGGGAACCCAAUCACCGAGUGAAGAGUCAGAGGAAGAGAAGAUUGUGACGAAAAAGGUCGACCAGGGUUCACAGGAAUCCAGUACAGCAUCAUCAGGUUUGCUUUCUUGGGGAACGCCAUGGUUCAGCAGUCCCCCAGGAGAGAGCACCACACCAGCGAGUGAAGAUUCACCCACUCAUCUGGCAUCUACUUUGGCUGCCUCCAGAAUAUCUAUGACUACAGAGAGCAACAAGAGCUGGGAGAACUCAGAGACACCCACGUCCACAACCUCCAGGCCUGCACCUGAAAUCCCCUCCUCCAGCGGAGACGCCUGGAUCCGUGUCGAUGCCGAGACCACGACUCAGCCUGGAGACAAGAGGGAGGAGACGGUGACCUCCAGAGCCAGUGGGAGAGGACGAGGAAGAGGGAAGAAGAACAGAGGGGAGGACAGGAGCAGGGGAGAAGAGAAGGGGAGAGGAGAGGAGAGAGGGAAGGCAGAGGAGGAGGGAAGUGGAGAAAUCACCGGGGCAGAAGCAAAAGGGGAGAUACAGGUCUCACGCCGGCCAGUCGGAACAAGCAAACCAAGAGAAAGAUCCAGAGAAAGAUCCAGAGAGAGAGGUCACAGGAGAGGACACUCCACGACUACCACAACCACAACCACAACUGACACGGCCACAACCACAGCUGACAUGACCACAACCACAACUGACACGACCACAACUACAGCUGACACAACCACAACUACAGCUGACACGACCGCAACUACAGCUGACACGACCGCAACCAUAGCUGACACAACCACAACUACAGCUGACAUGAUCACAACCAUAGCUGACACAACCGCAGCCAUAGCUGACAUUAGCACAACCACCACCAUCACCACUGACAGGCCUCAUGAGCCAACAGACAUGACCACAUCUGGUACAGAAAGUGACUUUCCUACUUCCAAAUCCUCCCCCGCUUUACCAGAAGCAGAAAAGUCAUCCCUGUCAGUCUCAGAUGCCCCAUAUCAGACACUAUCUUCAUCUCCAUCUGCACCCCCAUCCACCAUGCCAUCCAUCUCUUUCUUCGAGCCAUCCCAAUCUGAAACUGAGUCUCAUUUUCUCCCCUCAUCUAUCCCCUCUUCCUUCUCCCCAACUCUAACCCCUUCCUCACCUCCACUCCAUCCCCAAACCCCAUCUUUUUCACCUUCAGUCCCUUCUAACGUCCCAUCAGAGGCUCAAACUGUUGGAUUGGGAGACACGGCUACAUCACCUCAUUCAAAAAAUCAGGAAAGCUCCACUGACGCCCUAACACCACUUCACUUAGUCCCAGUGGAGAAGGUGGUGGUGAACGGCUCUCUGGAUAACCCUCUGUCACUGUCGGGACCCCCAGAUGAGGAGGAGCCUGCCUGGUCUCAUUCUGUGGGCUCAGGGGCCCUGUUACCUGUCACCAUGGAGGAAGAAAGCAGCAGCACAGGAGGAGGAGGAAUCAACAUCAGCACCACAGCGCUCAGUCCAACAUCUGAGGUGGAGCCCUGCAUGACAAACCCGUGUCUGCACGGAGGGAAGUGCCUUCCUCAGGGAACGGGCUACACCUGCUACUGCCCACAAGGAUACACUGGGGAGAACUGUGAGAUUGACGUUGACGACUGCCAGUCCGAGCCUUGUGCAAAUGGAGGCACUUGCAUCGACAAGAUUGAUUCCUUCCUCUGCCUUUGCCUGCCCAGCUACGGAGGAGACAUGUGUGAGAAAGAUGUUGAAGGUUGUGAGCACGGCUGGAGGAAGUUCCACGGCCACUGCUACAGGUACUUCACCCACAGACACACCUGGGAGGAUGCAGAGAAAGACUGCAGAGAGCACAGCGCCCACCUCAGUAGUGUCGUCUCUGCUGCCGAGCAGGAGUUCAUCAACGGUCUCGGUCACGACAACGCCUGGAUCGGUUUGAACGAUCGCACAGUGGAAGAGGACUUUCAGUGGACCGACACCAACGAUUUGGUUUACGAGAACUGGAGGGAGAGCCAGCCCGAUAACUUCUUUGCAGGUGGCGAGGACUGCGUGGUGACCAUUGCCCAUGAGGACGGCAAGUGGAACGACGUGCCCUGCAACUACAACCUGCCCUACAUCUGCAAGAAAGGCACAGUGUUAUGCGGGACCCCACCUGCGGUGGAGAAUGCCCAUUUGAUAGGUCGGAGGAGAUCACAUUAUGAUAUCCAUUCAGUGGUGCGCUACCAGUGCUCUGAAGGCUUCUACCAGCGCCACAUCCCCACCGCACGCUGCCGGGCCGAUGGGAGCUGGGAGCGACCCAGGAUCAUCUGCACAAAGUCUCGACGACUGCACCGGUACCGACGCCAUCACCGCAACCAGCGCCACGACCGCCACGGCCACAGGAGACAUGGAGGAGAGGGACACAAGGCCAGAGAGGACGCACACAGCUACUACUGAACCAAAUAAUACAACAUCCACAAUGCCUAGGUGCUAACCAUGGCCCAUAAGGAAAGACAGUAGAUCACAGCAUUUUCCAUUUUCCCUUCCCGCUUCUAACCACAAACCGUGUUCUCUGCUUAGCUUUACUCCCCCCAGUGAAUAAGAUUAUCCCCAUAAUCUAACCUCCAUGCUUUUUGAUGCUUCUUUUUAUUUUCUCUCUGCUUUCUUUAACUGAGGUCCAUGCGAACACUGACUUUAGCACCGCCCUAACAUCCUCCAUCCCAAACAGUAACUCCUCCACUCGUCUACAAACUAUAACCUUCUCUUGGUCUGUCAGCCUGACAGCAGUGUGUGAACGUAUGCAUGUAAGACAGAAACUUAGAGGAGUGCCAAGUCACUUUUUUGGAAAGGUUUGCUUGUUCUACAUGAAAAAAGUAACUCAUCUUAGUAUUCUGUUUACAAAGCACAGAUGUAAUUGAUGCAAGAUAGUCCUGGUAUCCCAGCUUUUUGUACGUGUACUGUAGCUGUUACUUUUCCAUAGAGCACCUGAAUAGCUGGUCUCUUUUACUCUACUGACGUGCUUUUUUUCUAAUAUCUGUUUGUGAAAUGUUACUAUUUAUUAUGAAUCAUUUGCUAGUGAACAUGCUCUCUUUUUCUUACUUAUCCUUUAGAAAGCUGACGUAACACCAUUUUUCUAUACCAAUAUGUAAGUCCAACAAUCAGUCGAUAACAAAAUUAAUCAUUUGAUUGCCUCUAAUCUCUGUACUGUAAAUAUUGUGAUGUGUGUUAUUGGCUCAAACCUGAUCAAUAGCUGGACCUUGUCCAAUCCGAUAGACUCCCCAAUCCCCAUAAGCACUCUAAGCUAAUGUAUACGUCCCAUUGACAUAGUUUGUGUGGGUGGGACUACAGAAUAAUUUGACAUAACCACUUGAUUGUACCUAAUUUGCACGGCCAUAUUUACACGAUGGGUAGAAUGUCACUCUUUUUCGUCUUUUGUCUCUUUGAUAUUUGAUCUGUUAUCCACUUUUUUUGGUGUUAUGACUUUUUGUCCUGCUGUUGUACUCCAUUCUUAAUAAAGCGAACAAAAUGGACAAAA